AUGAUACAAGAUAUUGAACAACAAAAACAAGAAAUCAUAGAAAAAAAGUCAAGAAAAAGAUGUCGAUUAAAUGGAAUAACUAGUCAAACAAAUGAAAUGUUAUUAACAGUUCAUCAAGAUAAUCAACAGAUACAUGAAAAAGAAAUGGAUGAUUGUCCUACAAUACACAUUCACAAUGAUCCUAUUGAUAUGUCCUUAAUAUUAUUUGAAAAUCAAGAAUCAAACAAAGAAAAUGCAAUAGUUAGUACAACAAAUGAAUCAUCAAUAACUACUGAAGAAUGGAUUUCACCACCAUCGAUUACAAUACAUCGAAAGAAAGUCAAACAGUAUAAUUUAUGUAAUGAUCAUUGGAACCGAAUAUCAAAACUCGUACCAAAUUAUAAUGAAUUAUCUCCGUAUCAAUUUAAAGAUGUAUUAAUUAGAAUAAUUCCUCUCAGAGAUCGUCAGAAUAUUGAGCAAUGGUUAGUGAAUUUUUCAGUACUAGAAUUCAUACAACAACGUACUCAAUUAAUGUGUGAUGUUUUUCAGUUGAAAAUUGAACACGAUUAUUGGAUAUACAUGAACAAUUUAACAAAUAUGCCUGUUGUAAUUUGGUUAUUAGAAAUUUCUAAAGAUAUCAUUCGACAAAAUUCCAUUAAUUGGGAUCACACAAAAACAAAAGCAAAUAUUGAACGACGACGAGAAAUGAUUCAUUGCAAAUUACAACGAGCAGAAAAUCAUUUGUACAUGCAUUUACAACAACCAUAUUCAUUAUCUUGUCAAAUGGAAACGAAAACUGCUAUGGAUCAUUCGAUGAAUAUUAUAAUGAAUGCUUUGAUCGUUCUCGUACAAAAUAGUCUAUCUCCUUUUCGUACUAAUUUUAAACAAAAGAAAAUCUUAUUAGAAUUUGAUAUUCACGAUGUACAUCUCGUCAAAUCAUUCUAUGCUUUAAAUCCAACAAUGGAACAGAUUUUAACAAUUCAAAAGAUUUGGCGUGCUAAACUUAAAUUAUGUCAAAAAGCAAUUCGUCAAACUAAGAAGAAUCAGUCAUCAUCAUCAAUGAUCUAUCAUAUGACAACCGAAAGUAUGAAUUUGCAUCAACCAAAUAUAUUACCUUCGAUAAAAUCACUCAGUCCAUCAAUGUCUAAGAUUGUCAUGGCUCGUCUAGAAAAUAUGGAAGAACGUACUCAGCGAAUGCUGAAUUUUAACAAUACUAUUUCAGAUUCCACAUUCUUUUGA